UUUAAAUUCAUUUUAACAGUGCGUGUGUUAGUGUUUGUGUUUUAUAAAAAUAAAUUUAAAGUUUAAUUAGUAAACGUGAUUUUUAUUGUAUUAUGGAUGAUAGUGCUUUUGAUGAACUGAAAAAGAAAAACGUCCACCCGAAACAGAAAGCUGGGUUUUUAUCGAAACUUUUUUUUUGUUGGGGGUUUUCGAUAUUAUACAAAGGAUGCAAAAAAGAACUAGAUGAAGAUGAUCUAUACAAACCUCUAAAAGAACACGAGUCACACAAACUAGGAGAUAGACUUGAAGAUUUUUGGAAACAAGAGAAAUCCACCAAUAAACAUCCGAAAUUAUGGAGGGCUAUUUGGAACAUGUUCAAAAAAGAAAUCAUUGGAUAUGGAGUACUACAAUUUUUCUUAGAAUUUUGUCUAAGGUUAUCUCAACCUUUAGCAAUUGGCCAACUUAUGAAUUACUACCAACCUAAUCAAAUAUCAGUCACACUUAAUGAAGCAUACAUGUAUGCGGCAUUUAUAGUACUUACAUCUUUCUUGGGUGUACUUGUAUCACAUUGCUGUUUGUUUGGGCUCCAAUCUCUAGGAAUGAAAAUAAGAAUAGCAUGCUGUUCCCUAAUCUACAGAAAAAGUCUUAGGUUAAGCAAAGCUGCUUUAGGAAAGACAACCAUUGGUCAAAUGGUUAAUUUACUGUCCAAUGAUGUAAAUAGAUUUGAUGAUAUUGGAACAAAUUUUCAUUAUCUUUGGUUAGCACCCAUUGAAACUGGAGUUAUCAUGUAUUUGAUGUACAGGGUUGUAGGUUUAACUUCUCUAGCAGGAUUUUCUCUAUUGGUUAUAUUCAUACCUCUACAGAUGUUUAUGGGAAAACUAACGUCAAUAUAUAGACUAAGAACCGCCAUUAAAACUGAUGAAAGAGUUCGUUUAAUGGGUGAAAUUAUAUCAGGAAUUCAAGUAAUAAAAAUGUAUACUUGGGAAGAAUCAUUCACCAAGCUUGUAGAGUUUGUGAGAAAGUGUGAAAUAAAACAAAUUAGAUCUACGUCAUACUUACGCGCGCUGCACGUAUCAUACAAUAAAUUCAUCACAAGAACCGCUGUGUUUUUAUGCAUUCUAGUCUAUUCGCUGAUGGGUAACCGACCCAAUGCCGAAUACGUUUACGUAGUGUUUUCAUUCUACAAUAUUCUUAAAGACACCGUAACCACAAAGUUCCCGCAAGCAGUAGCAAGUCUGGCAGAAACCAUAGUAUCCAUCAAUAGAAUACAAGAUUUUCUUUCCUUUGAAGAAAUUAAAAAAAGUAAAUUAGAUUCUGGAAGUAAAAAGAAAUCGCCUCCUUAUACUUCCACUCCUUUGGAUAAAGAUCCUAUUUUGAAAAACCUAAAUGGAAUUGUAAUGCAAAGAGCAUAUGCAAAAUGGCAUCCAAAUCUUACAGAAGAAACUAUUUCCAACAUUAACUUUUCUGUUGGUAUGGGUGAAUUGGCCGCUAUAGUUGGUCCAGUUGGUAGUGGCAAAUCUAGUUUUCUGUGCACAAUACUAAAAGAAUUGCCCUUAUCGCGAGGUUCUGUGGAUGUGGGCGGUACAAUUUCAUAUGCCUCUCAAGAACCUUGGUUGUUCGCUGGAACUAUCAAACAAAAUAUUUUGUUUGGAGAAAAAUGGAAUAAAUCUAAAUACGAAAAAGUGGUUAAAGUAUGCGCUUUAGAGCGCGAUUUCGAACAACUUCCAUAUGGGGAUAGAAGCAUUGUAGGAGAUAAGGGUGUCACUAUUAGCGGUGGUCAAAGAGCUAGAAUAAACUUAGCUAGAGCUAUUUACAAGGAUGCUGAUGUAUAUUUAUUAGAUGAUCCUCUAUCGGCUGUCGAUACUUUUGUUGGUAAACAAUUAUUUCAAGAUUGUAUUAGCGAAUACCUUAAAAACAAGUGCACCAUACUUAUAACCCAUCAAUUACAAUAUCUGAGGAAUGUCGACAAAAUUUGCCUUAUGGAAAAUGGAAAAAUUGUUAUUACUGGAAAUUACGAAGAACUUAAGAAUUCUGGAAAAGAUUUUUCCACACUUCUUAAUGAUCAUUUAGAAGAUGAUAAAAAUGAUGAUACUAUAGAUGAAGAGAGCUUAAAACAAAAAAAGAUUUCAAUUACCGAUGAACCAUCAGAAAUAAAGGAACAAAAGAGUAUAGGUGGUAUUAAUUCAAGGGUAUACAAAAGUUAUCUUAGAGCAUGUGGAGGUUGGUUUCCAACUAUAUUAGUUGCUUUACUAUUUGGAGUCUCCCAAGCCAUGUCUAGUGGAGCUGAUUACUUUAUUUCAUUUUGGGUAAAUCUUGAGCAAACCAGACUGGAAAACGAAAUAGUAAAUGAUACAUUCUAUAGAUCAUACUUUGACGAUGUAUUAGUUGAAGAAGAAGUAGAAACAGUUUUAGGAGACCGCUUAUUGAGACAGCAAAAAAUUGACCAAUUUUUUACUACAGAACAUUGUUUUUAUAUAUACUCUUUUACUGUAGGAGGCGUAAUUAUAGCAAUUUUAAUAAGAUCAAUGUCAUUUUAUGCUUUAUGCAUGAAGGCUUCAACAAAACUCCACAAUAAAAUGUUCCACAAAGUUAUUAAAGGUACCAUGCAAUUUUUUAACACCAACUCCACUGGAAGAAUAUUAAAUAGAUUUUCAAAAGACAUGGGUGCAGUGGAUGAAGUUUUACCAUACGUUAUGAUAGAUACAAUGCAAAUAGCUAUGAACGUUAUAGCUAUAAACGUUAUCAUUGCGUUAGUCAACCCCUGGAUAUUGAUAUCUACUAUGAUAAUACUAGGGUUGUUCUAUGUAUAUAGAUCAAUAUAUUUGGCUUCUAGUAGAAAUAUUAAACGAAUGGAAGCUACAACACGUAGUCCAGUUUUUUCCCACAUAAAUGCUUCACUGCAAGGUUUGACCACCAUAAGAGCAUAUGGUGCUCAAGAGGUACUUAAAAAAGAGUUUGAUACUCACCAAGAUCUACACAGUUCAGCUUUUUAUUUGUUUGUGAGUUGCAACAGAACGUUUGGUUUUUGGUUGGAUUUCCAUUGUGUUAUAUAUUUGGCACUAAUCACUCUCAGUAUGUUCUUCCUUGGCGAUGAAGCUUAUGGGGGAAAUGUUGGUUUGGCAAUAACUCAAGCCAUGUCCCUAACAGGAAUGUUUCAAUGGGGUAUGCGACAAUGGAGCGAACUGGAAAACUGCAUGACCUCGGUAGAAAGGAUAGUGGAAUUUACAGACAUACAUCAGGAAGGGGCUGCUGAUAAGCCCUUAACUCAAAAUGCAUGGCCAAAAGAAGGCAACGUUGAAUUUAAGUCUGUUUAUCUGAAAUACGGACCUAGCGAUCCAUUCGUGUUAAAUAAUCUUAUAUUCGAUAUUAAAUCCGGUGAAAAAGUUGGAAUAGUUGGCAGAACCGGAGCAGGAAAGUCAUCAAUUAUAUCUGCUUUAUUUAGAUUGGCAGAUUUUGAAGGGUUAAUUAUUAUUGAUGGUAUAAGCACGAAAGAUUUACCCCUUCAUAGUAUAAGAUCCAAAAUAUCAAUUAUUCCACAAGAACCUGUUUUGUUCUCUGGUACUUUAAGAUCGAAUUUAGAUCCUUUUAGUGAACAUACAGACUCGGAUUUAUGGAGCGCUUUAGAGGAAGUCGAACUUAAGGCUGUAGUGUCAGAUUUUCCCUCAGGUCUAGACAGUAAGGUUUCUGAAGGAGGUUCAAAUUUCAGCGUUGGCCAAAGACAGCUUAUCUGCCUCGCCAGAGCAAUAGUAAGAAAAAAUAACAUUUUGGUAUUGGAUGAAGCCACUGCCAAUGUAGACCCAAAAACCGAUGCUAUGAUUCAGAACACGAUAAGAACUAAAUUUUCACAAUGUACCGUUUUAACCAUUGCUCAUCGUUUGCAUACUGUCAUGGAUUCCGAUAAGGUUAUUGUCAUGGAUGAAGGUAGGGUGGCCCAGUUCGGUCAUCCUUUUAUGCUAUUGCAGGAUAUACAUGGAAUAUUUUAUGGAUUGGUGAGGCAAACUGGAAAAUCUAUGUCCGAACAUUUAGCUGAAAUAGCAGAAAAGAGUUUUUAUAGUAAAGAAGAAGCCAAAUAAACCACGUCUCCAUAAAAGGUUAUUUUUUCUAUCCAUUUUUUUUUUUAAUUUUAUUUAUUGUAUAUUUUUAUUACUUUUAAAUUGUACAUAAUUUUUAUUUAAUAUACAUUUAUUACC